AUGAAAGCAAAGAGAGGCUACAAAACUCCAGCCAUGUCCACAUCCCUGCGAGUGAGCCCCUCGGUCCAUGGCUACCGCUUUGACACAGCCCUGCGCAAGAAAGCCGUGGCCAACAUCUUCGAAAGCAUCAACGAAGAGUCCCUGCAGAAACUCUUCAGAAACUCCGGGGACAAGAAGGCAGAGGAAAGAGCCAAGAUAAUCCUCGCCACCGACCAGGACCUGGAAGAGAAAACGAGAGCGCUAAUGGCACUAAAGCAGAGGCGAAAAGACAAGCUGCUCCAGUUCCUGACGUUUCGGAAAUACUCCAUCAAAGUUCACUGA